AUGGUGAGGAUAAUUCCCAUGGCGUCCUCAAUACGGCCUUCGCUCUCGUCGUUUAGGCUCUCCGUUGGUGUUGCUUCUACGGGUUUUGGCGUUUCCCUUUCUCCUCUUACACUUCCUCGACGCCUCCUCUUCUCUCAUCUUGGCAGCACUGUUCCGCAGUCCCAGUUCUUUGGUUUCAAAGCUUCUAAGAUGUUUAGAGCUAGGGAAAGCAAGGUAGGGAUUCCUCUGGUCAGGAAUGUGGUACAGGCAAGCACGGCUGCUGCCCAGGAAACUGCCCUAGAGUGGGUUAAAAAGGACAAAAGAAGAAUGCUCCAUGUUGUUUAUCGCGUUGGGGAUUUGGACCGGACCAUCAAAUUCUAUACUGAGUGCCUAGGAAUGAAGCUGUUGAGGAAACGGGACAUACCAGAGGAGAGAUACACAAAUGCCUUUCUUGGAUAUGGGCCAGAAGAUUCUCACUUUGUUAUUGAACUCACUUACAAUUACGGAGUUGACAAGUAUGAUAUUGGAACCGCAUUUGGUCAUUUUGGCAUUGCUGUUGAGGAUGUUGCCAAGACUGUGGAACUUAUAAAGGCCAAGGGUGGAAAAGUAACCAGAGAACCUGGUCCAGUUAAAGGUGGUAGUACUGUAAUUGCAUUUGUUGAGGAUCCUGAUGGUUACAAGUUUGAACUGAUUGAAAGGGGGCCAACUCCUGAACCUUUGUGCCAAGUAAUGCUCCGUGUUGGUGAUCUUGAUCGUUCCAUAAAUUUUUAUGAGAAGGCAUUUGGCAUGGAGCUUCUUCGCACACGAGAUAAUCCAGAGUACAAGUAUACAAUUGCCAUGAUGGGCUAUGGGCCUGAAGACAAAAAUGCUGUGCUUGAGUUGACUUACAACUACGGGGUUACUGAUUAUGAGAAAGGAAAUGGCUAUGCUCAGAUUGCAAUUGGCACAGAUGAUGUUUACAAAACUGCAGAGGCAGUUAAACUUUUUGGUGGAAAAAUUACCCGGGAACCUGGACCUUUACCUGGUAUUAACACCAAGAUCACUGCAUGCGUAGAUCCUGAUGGUUGGAAGACGGUUUUUGUUGAUAAUAUUGAUUUCCUCAAGGAAUUGGAGUGAGUUUUGGGCGCAUUCUCUUACUAUCCUUUUGACACUGAAAUCUGAAUCUGAGCUGAAAGGAUUUGUUGAAGUAACUCCCCAUAAGAAUGCAGCCAACCCCAUUUUGUAGAUAAAUCUUUUACAGUGACAAUCGCGCAGGCAUUAGCUUCACGGAAGUGAAGAAAUCUUGAGAUGUCAGUUUCUGUUUAGUUAUCUUUAUCUUUUUAUUUCAACGAAUUGUUUUCACAAAAAACACUUUUGUUUGAUUCAGCUACCUGUUAGGAGAUGAAUGUACAACAAUAAACAGUCUGCUAUGUUUAUGCGUUUGAAGAUGAUUCUCAAUUUUUUUAGUCCCAAUAACUGAAAACAUGUAAGAAAUUAGAUAUAUGUCAAUAUGUCUGUCUCAGUUGAAAUUUGCUUUAACAUAGGCAGCACAAAUAGCAAGGUUCAACGGAAGUUUUUUCUUUGUUUUGAUAGCAGCGUGCUCUAACUCUGUCUGUCAGUUACAGAAAUAGCUCAAAAUUGGUUUGCUGUACGACUCUGAAAGUUUCAUGAAAUUGGCAU